GGCCCGUAGCGCCCACCAUCGAUUGCAUCACUAGCUUCCUCCAAUUUUGCAUAUGGAAAAAUUAAUAAUACCCUUUAGGGCUGCUAAACAUACAAAUUAUUGGUGCUUUUACACAAGUUAAUCCACUAAAAACCCGGGUGGGUCCGGUCCCUCGCUUCGCAUUCAAAUGCACUUUUUCUGACAGAUGUUUGCUUCAUCAAUGACGUCAUAGUCUCAUUCAAAUUUAUUUUUAAACACCGUUUGUGUGCGUGUGUCUGUGUAUUGUUUACUAUUUGCUAAUGCCAGUGUGCGUGCUAAAUUAAACAAGUGGGCCGUCUUGUGUUGGCGGCAAAACCAAAAACGAAAAUCCAAUGGAACUUCGACUGAUUAAAGGCGGUGAAUGGGUACAGAAACCAUCUAUGGCAACCAUUAACGUGUACUUUCUUGAAUCCACUCGUUAUUUUUGUUUUAACUUGUUCCCUAUAAUCAUGUAAAAUCAAGAUUUCCCAAAUAUUUAGUACUUACACGGCCAAAGGUAGCACAUCCGUAUUGCUUGGCGUUUCUACUCCAACUAGCAUGCGAAACCCGCUACAACGAAAGCUACAAAUUCAAGCAAUCCACUCAUUAAAGGAAUGCUUUCCAGUGUGUUCAUUCAGCGGAAAUAUGAUUCAGCCAGCGUCAACAGAGCCGGCGAUAAGGUCCCUCAUUCUCAUUAUUCUGACCAGUUCAUCGCUUUCCGCCCUGCCCUAAAGUUGCCAUUUAUUCGCUCUUCGAUUCUCAAAACCAUACUCAAAUCAUGAUGUACUCCAAGGCUGAAGUAGUCCAGGCAGUCAACAUGUCGCUGGGUGCAAUGCAUUGCACGCGGUGCGCCGAUGGAUUUGAGCCCACCGAGAAGAUUGUCAACUCUAAUGGCGAACUUUGGCACACGCAGUGCUUUGUCUGUGCCCAGUGUUUUCGGCCCUUCCAGGAUGGCAUCUUCUACGAGUUUGAGGGCCGCAAAUACUGCGAACGCGACUUUCAUGUUCUCUUCGCUCCGUGCUGCAACAAGUGCGGCGAGUUCGUAAUUGGGCGAGUCAUUAAGGCGAUGUCCGCCAGCUGGCAUCCACAGUGCUUCCGCUGCCAGCUGUGCGCCAAGGAGCUGGCCGACUGUGGGUUCAUAAAGAACCAAAACCGCGCCCUGUGCCACGAAUGCAAUGCCAAGGUGAAGGCGGAGAUUACCGGCCGCUAUGUAUGCCAAAAAUGCCACGGUCUCAUCGACGAGGAACCCCUGCGAUUCCGGGGUGAAGUCUACCAUGGCUAUCAUUUCAGUUGCACGGCCUGCGGCACUGAGCUGGACUCUACGGCCCGAGAAGUGAAGAGUCGUCCCGGCCUGGCUGCCAACGAUAUGAACGAACUCUAUUGCCUACGCUGCCACGACAAAAUGGGCAUUCCCAUUUGCGGCGCCUGCCGUCGCCCCAUUGAAGAGCGUGUUGUUACCGCGCUGGGCAAACACUGGCAUGUGGAGCACUUCGUGUGUGCCAAGUGUGAGAAGCCCUUCUUGGGCCACCGACACUACGAAAAGCGGGGCUUGGCCUACUGCGAGACGCACUACCAUCAAUUGUUCGGCAACCUUUGCUUCGUCUGCAACCAGGUCAUUGGUGGUGAUGUUUUCACGGCUCUGAACAAGGCAUGGUGUGUGCAUCACUUUGCCUGCUCUGUCUGCGACACGAAGAUGACACAAAAGUCUAAGUUUUACGAGUACGAUGAGAAGCCGGUAUGCAAGAAGUGCUACGAACGCUUCCCCAACGAGUUGCGACGCCGCCUGCGCACCGCUCACGAGAUGACCAUGAAGAAGAACCCUUAAGCAUCUCAACCGAGUUCACACGAAACACAGUGCCUUUGCCUAUCAAUUUUAACAUUCGGAAACUAAAACCCAACUUUGUGCAUGUUGUAACUUCUUGUUGUGCGUAACUUCUAAUUUAAAAGUCCAUAAUCGAUGGCAGCAACGGAUUUUUAUUGUGUAUUAACAGCUCUUAAC